AGCACCUCGGCAUCUCUGCAUCAAUCCACCUAUCUAUCUCGCAUCUUCUCUCCCAGCGCAUUGCAUCACGACCCGCGGCCGCGCGGUGCUUCAACUUGUUUAUACCAUUCCAAUCCUUCAUACUCUACCUUUCCUAGUCCAGCUGCUAUCGUCGCCUGUUUGCGGUUAAGCUGUUCCUAGACCAGGGCCGGUAGCCUCUUGCCAUCACAACACCCGCGGCGCACGACUCACGCACAUCUCUGCCUACAAUCUUCCUCGCAACUUUUUAUCCCUCAAGCACUAAGGACGUGGUAUCGGCAACUUAUCCAUAAUUCUUACGACUCCCUUCCUCGACACAACGAACUUCUCUAUUCACGACGUGCCUAUCAUCAAAAAGCCUGUUCCUCGAUUCAGUUCUGUGUACAUGUUACCGUCUACCAUGUCCGCCCGUAGAACCCCCAACUCUGGUCUCGUCAAGGACGCGAUCCAAGCGCCAAAUGGCCAGGGACAUUGGCGACUCGAUUCAAAUGGUCAGCUAGUGGACAACGCAGAAUGGGGCCUGGUGGAUGAGAUCGCCAAGCUUCAGAUCGGCGGUGACGGGGCCGCAGCGCAGGAAUCCCCGUUAGACACAGCGUCGCAGACGAGUCUGGACUCCGCCUCAACUAAUCACUUGGCUCAGACUGGCAUUGUAUCGCACUCGCGCGAGUCGUCCGCAGACACGACCGGCUCCCAUGCAUCCGCAUCAUCAUCUGCCAGCCAGAAUUUGCGCGCUCCGCCCGUGACCCCACUCAAAGUAGGCGCCGUUGGUGAAUCGCGGAACCGCCCACAUUCCUACAGCGGCGGCCUGUCCAGCACAGAUCUCGUGCGGCUGCAACAGGCGGGAGGAAGCCCCGGAAACACGGACACGUGGUCGUCUCCUCAUGGCACUCCAGAGAGACAGGCCGAGCAGCCAACGUACCCUUCGCUCUUGGCCUCGCAUAAUGGUGCCCCGUCGCGUCUGUCUGAGCAGCAAUUUCCAGGACAAGCCCUCACGCGAUCGCAGGAGGACUUGCCGGCGGAUUUCCAGGGUCAGCAGCGUCAGUUCAACCCUGUGCCUCCGAACGUUCCAGUUGGCGCCCCACCCGCAUUCGUCCACGGACGGCCACCGAACGUGGUCACGAACAUACCCUAUCGUCAACAACCUCGAGGCUUCAACCCCGCGAUCCCACCGGUCGUUCCCAGCCCUACGAAUUUCGGGGGCUACCCCGCCCCAGUACAUCCUGGCGCGAUGCCGCCCAUGGCCAACUCUCAGCAGGAGCUGUACAACAUGAUGUUGCCCACGCCGCCUCUCGACAACCCUACGAUGGCACGUCUUCAGCAACAAUCUGGCGUCUUCCAGCGUACUCACCAACAUUCUGCUUCGGAUCCUGCCUCUCUCCGUGAUCCUGCAACUCUUGCUUUGCUCAACAAUGCGUUCGCCGCUGGGCAGAUGUACCCGGCGAUGGGGCCUUCGGCCUUGCCGAUGUUCAGCAACCAGUUCUACGGUGCCCCUGGAGCCGAGCCGUACCCCUCGCCCGAGCUCGCGGCCGCGCAGAUGAUGGCGCAAUUGCAGGCUCAGUAUACCGGCGCGUACGGCGUUCCCCUCGGUGCUCAGGGCGUUGCUAUGAACAACACUGGGUCGUCGCAUACCAACACCAACCCGGGGAACGGCCCAAGCGCUAACAACCGCAAGCUGGGGUUGUACAAGACGGAGUUGUGCAGGAGCUGGGAGGAGAAGGGUACCUGCCGAUAUGGGGCCAAGUGCCAAUUCGCCCACGGUGAAGAGGAGCUCCGCAAGGUUCAACGGCACCCCAAGUAUAAGACCGAGAUAUGCAGGACGUUCUGGGUGUCCGGCUCCUGUCCUUAUGGCAAGAGAUGCUGCUUCAUCCAUACAGAGCUUCCUGCUUCUGGUGGCCCUCCUGGUGCCGACGGUGUUCCCCCUCCGGCCAACCCAGACGGCCGCGCUCGUUCGUCGAGCACUAACAGCGACCCCAACGAGGUCUCGAGCUCUCUGUUGGCGCGCAUAUCUGCGAAACGCACGCAGGAGAGCGGCAUGAAUUCCGGGUCGGGCAGCAUCAGCACGACUCCGCCUUCAGCAGGGUUCCAGUCUGGCGGCCGGCCCGAUGGCUUGCGCGUCAACACGAACGUGACGGAUGUGUCGAUCUCGAAACAGCAAAACAAGUCUGCGUUCCCGACGUUCGCUCACAACGGCAUCCUGAUGUCGUCUGGGGAGGAUACGACUGCACGGUCCCCGGGCCCUGUGACCGCCGGCCCCGAUUUCGGAAGGCACACGAGUUCUAGAUUGGAGAUCGUGGGCUCGCAGCGUGGCGGCCCGAAGACUGCAGUGAACCCCAAUGUGCGCCACUCGUUCAACGGGGGCGACAUCCAGCUCGACCUGAGCAGCGUAUCUAAUACCCCUACCACCGCGACCCCCUCCGCUGCACAGCUCAACGGGUCACCCGAGCCCCCGAAGGUCUCGAGGAUCAACGCGCACCAGCGCUCUGGAAGCGCGGGCAACUGGGCGACCGCGACCCGGGCGACUAGCCACCUCACCGCAUAUCCGCUCUCGUCAAUUCCCGGCAACGAGCUCAAGACGAACUCGCCGUGGGCGGACUACAACGUAGGCUCGUCGCGCCUGUCGGAGAAAAACUGGGCGUAGGCUUGCGGACGUCCGACGUCUCCGGGCGGCAGGGGCCUGCUGGUCAACGCCGCCGCGUGGUCUCGGAGCGACGUUGGUGCUCGACACCUUCCCUGCAUGCAUGUCUGCCUCUUGGGCGGGCCGAUCUGUCUUGGAACCGUCGAUGGUGCUUUCGGUGCUCAUGAUACUCUAGAUGCGGAUGCGGACCCGCUGGACAUACCACUGCUACCCCCAUUCCCCCUCUCUCCCUUACUCACGAUCGCCGUCCGUUGCUUAUGUUUUCCUGUAGUCCUUGUUUUGCCUUCCCGCUCCUCGUCUCGUCGCUCAGCUUCACUGUCCCCGUGCUCAUCUCGUCGAAGCAAGUUUGACUUAUUCCUGUCUUGACAAUCUGGAUAGCUCACCAUACUCACCCCCUCCACAUCCUCACCAAUCGUCGACGUCUCCCGCACAUGUUAUCUUAUGACAUUAAUACAUCACGCUUAUGCCUCCC